GGGAGGAGGGAGAGCAGGCGCGGGGCGGGGGCGCGCUGGCGCUUGAUCAGCCCUGCUUCGCCCAGGUCACCCGCUAACGCGCGCCGCAGUCGGAGCUUCAGACGCGCGGGCUCAGGGACGGCGCAGGGCUGCCAGAGGCGACAGCUUCGUCACGAACGAAUAUUUGCGUUCCGGGCUCCCGGCCCGCCGAGCCGGGGCUGAGUGGUGGGCACCGCCUAAGAACAUAGCUGAGAAACUCUUCCUGCAAUAUAAGACCCCAGGAUUCUUUUAAAAUACGUGGCCACAAGAAAGGAAUCUUUGUGAUAUUCUUCUUCAAGACCCCCUCCCCUGUGUGCUGAAGACUUUGACCAAAGCUGCUCUCAGCUGUUGGCAUCAUCCUGAGAAAAGGACACGGCUGCAAAAACCAGAGAACUGUUCGGGAAACUCCUGGCCCAGUGGAUCCUCUAGCAAUGCUAAAAUGACUUUUGGUUUAAAGAAUUAAAAGGAAGAACAACUUAUUCAGAUAAGAAGACCUUCGUCAAAGUUUCCUGCAUGAAAAUUAUUUAAACAUUGCACACAAAUCUUUUGUGAAAGAAGAAAAGGAAAUUCAGUUUGUGGGUCUCAGCAGGAGUUAAGCUAAUGCAGCUUAAAAUAAUGCCGAAAAAGAAGCGCUUAUCUGCAGGGAGAGUGCCCCUGAUUCUCUUCCUGUGCCAGAUGAUUAGUGCACUGGAAGUACCUCUUGAUCUGGUACAACCUCCAACCAUUACUCAACAGUCUCCAAAAGAUUACAUUAUUGACCCCCGGGAGAAUAUUGUAAUCCAGUGUGAGGCCAAAGGAAAACCUCCUCCAAGCUUCUCCUGGACCCGAAAUGGGACUCAUUUUGACAUAGAUAAAGACCUUCUCGUCACCAUGAAGCCUGACUCAGGAACUCUCAUAAUUAACAUCAUGAGCGAAGGGAAAGUAGAGACUUAUGAAGGAGUCUAUCAGUGUACAGCCAGGAAUGAACGCGGAGCUGCAAUUUCUAAUAAUAUUGUCGUUCGUCCAUCCAGGUCACCGUUGUGGACCAAAGAAAAACUCGAACCAAUAACACUUCGAAAUGGCCAGCCUUUGGUACUUCCCUGCAGACCCCCGGUUGGAUUACCAUCACCUAUAAUAUUUUGGAUGGAUAACUCCUUUCAAAGACUUCCACAAAGUGAGAGGGUUUCCCAGGGUCUGAAUGGAGACCUUUAUUUCUCCAAUGUUCUCCCAGAGGAUACCCGUGAAGACUAUAUCUGUUACGCCAGAUUUAAUCACACUCAAACCAUACAGCAGAAGCAACCUAUUUCUGUGAAGGUGAUUUCAGUGGAUGAAUUGAAUGACACUAUAGCUGCUAAUUUGAGUGACACUGAGUUUUAUGGUGCUAAAUCAAGUAGAGAGAGGCCACCAACAUUUUUAACUCCAGAAGGUAAUGCAAGUAACAAAGAAGAACUAAGAGGAAAUGUCCUUUCACUGGAGUGCAUUGCAGAAGGACUGCCUACCCCCAUUAUUUACUGGAUAAAAGAAGAUGGAACACUACCCAUCAACCGGACAUUUUAUAGGAACUUUCAGAAAACUCUGCAGAUCAUUCAGGUUUCAGAAGCAGACUCUGGAAAUUACCAAUGUAUAGCAAAAAAUGCAUUAGGAGCUAUCUAUCAUACCAUUUCUGUCACAGUUAAAGCGGCUCCAUACUGGAUUAUGGCACCUCAAAAUCUUGUGCUGUCCCCAGGAGAGGAUGGGGCACUAAUCUGCAGAGCUAAUGGCAUCCCCAAACCCAGAAUUAGCUGGUUAUUGAAUGGAGUCCCAAUAGAAAUUGCCCCUGACGACCCCAGCAGAAAAAUAGAUGGUGAUACAAUUAUUUUUUCAAAUGUUCAAGAAAGAUCCAGUGCGGUGUAUCAGUGCAACGCCUCUAAUGAGUAUGGAUAUUUACUGGCAAAUGCAUUUGUAAAUGUGCUGGCUGAGCCACCACGAAUCCUUACAUCUGCAAACACACUCUAUCAGGUCAUUGCAAACAGGCCUGCUUUACUAGACUGUGCCUUCUUUGGGUCUCCUCUGCCUACCAUUGAGUGGUUUAAAGGAGCUAAAGGUAGUGCUCUUCGUGAAGAUAUUUAUGUUUUACACGAAAAUGGAACUUUGGAAAUUCCUGUGGCCCAAAAGGACAGUACAGGAAGUUAUACAUGUGUUGCAAGGAAUAAGUUAGGAAUGGCAAAGAAUGAAGUUCGCUUAGAAAUCAAAGAUCCAACUAGGAUCAUUAAACAGCCUGAAUAUGCAAUUGUGCAAAGAGGCAGCACAGUGUCCUUUGAAUGCAGAGUAAAACACGAUCACACCUUAAUCCCCACUGUCACAUGGCUGAAGGACAACGGUGAGCUGCCCAAUGAUGGAAGGUUCACUGUUGACAAGGACCAUUUGGUGAUAGCCGAUGUAAGUGAUGAUGACGGUGGGACCUACACAUGUGUGGCUAAUACAACUCUGGACAACGUUUCUGCCAGUGCCGUGCUUAGUGUUGUUGAUGUCCCAAAUCCUCCCUUUGAUUUAGAAUUGACAGAUCAACUCGACAAAAGUGUUCAGCUGUCAUGGACACCAGGCGAUGAUAACAAUAGCCCUAUUACAAAAUUCAUCAUUGAAUAUGAAGAUGCAAUGCAUGAGGCAGGGCUGUGGCACCACCAAACUGAAGUUCCUGGGACACAGACCACAGCCCAGCUGAAGCUCUCACCUUAUGUGAACUACUCCUUCCGAGUGAUGGCAGAGAACAGCCUUGGGAGGAGCUUACCCAGCGAGGUAUCUGAACAGUAUCUGACUAAAGCUGCAGAACCAGAUAAAAAUCCCACAACUGUGGAAGGACUAGGAUCAGAGCCUGAUAAUUUGGUGAUUACAUGGAAGCCCUUGAAUGGUUUUGAAUCUAACGGGCCAGGCCUUCAAUACAAAGUAAGCUGGCGCCAGAAAGAUGGUGAUGAUGAAUGGACGUCUGUGGUUGUGGCAAAUGUAUCCAAAUAUAUUGUCUCGGGCACGCCAACCUUUGUACCAUAUCUGAUCAAAGUCCAAGCCCUGAAUGACGUGGGGUUUGCUCCAGAGCCACCUGUCGUCAUGGGACAUUCUGGAGAAGACCUCCCAAUGGUGGCUCCUGGGAAUGUGCAUGUGAAUGUGGUGAACAGUACCUUAGCCGAGGUGCGCUGGGACCCGGUACCACUGAAAAGUAUCCGAGGACACCUGCAAGGCUAUCGGAUUUACUACUGGAAGGCACAGAAUUCAUCAAAAAGAAAUAGACGCCACAUUGAGAAAAAGAUCCUCACUUUCCAGGGAAGCAAGACCCACGGCAUGUUGCCAGGGCUGGAGCCCUUUAGCCACUACACACUGAACGUCCGCGUAGUCAAUGGGAAAGGGGAAGGCCCAGCCAGCCCCGACAGGGUCUUUAAUACUCCAGAAGGAGUCCCCAGUGCCCCGUCCUCUUUGAAGAUUGUUAAUCCAACCCUAGACUCUCUCACUUUGGAAUGGGACCCACCAAGCCAUCCGAAUGGCAUUUUGACUGAGUAUACCUUAAAAUACCAGCCAAUUAACAGCACCCAUGAAUUAGGUCCUCUGGUAGAUUUGAAAAUUCCUGCCAACAAGACACGUUGGACUUUAAAAAAUUUAAAUUUCAGUACUCGGUAUAAAUUUUAUCUCUAUGCACAAACGUCAGCAGGAUCAGGAAGUCAGAUAACAGAGGAAGCAGUAACAACUGUGAAUGAAGGCAAAGAAGAAUGGAGGAAAGAAAUUGUAAAUGAUUCUCAGAGCUUCUUUGGGUUAAAGGGUCUAAUGCCAGGAACAGCAUACAAAGUUCGAGAGGGAGACUCUGGUUUUGUGAGUGCAGAGGAUGUGUUUGAGACAGGCCUAGCAAUGGCAAGCCGACAGGUGGACAUUGCAACUCAGGGCUGGUUCAUUGGUCUAAUGUGUGCUGUUGCUCUCCUUAUCUUAAUUUUGCUGAUUGUUUGCUUCAUCAGAAGAAACAAGGGUGGUAAAUAUCCAGUUAAAGAAAAGGAAGAUGCCCAUGCUGAUCCUGAAAUCCAGCCUAUGAAGGAAGAUGAUGGCACUUUUGGAGAAUACAGGUUUCUUGAAAGCGAUGCAGAAGACCACAAGCCUUUGAAAAAAGGCAGUCGAACACCUUCAGACAGAACUGUGAAAAAAGAAGAUAGCGAUGAUAGCCUAGUUGACUAUGGAGAGGGAGUGAAUGGCCAGUUCAAUGAGGACGGCUCCUUUAUUGGACAAUACAGUGGUAAGAAAGAGAAAGAACCAGCUGAAGGAAAUGAAAGCUCAGAGGCACCUUCUCCUGUCAACGCCAUGAAUUCCUUUGUUUAAUUUGUAAGCUAUUUGCCAAUAUCCCAUUCCUCUAGAAUGUUUAUCUUAAGCACUUGUUUGUCAGCCUUCUCAUACUGUGAACAUAGAGGCAGAAAGUAUAUGUUCUGCUGUAUGUUAAUACUAUGAGAACAGUUAGAGCAAGAAUGUAACUCAGUCAAAUGAUAUGUUAAUGUGAAGUGCAGUGCAAAGUGCAUACUUUUUCUUUCAAAAUAGGUAUUCUUGAUUUCCUCAGAACUGAUAAAAAUAAUACGACAUCAUCCACAGAUUAUGUUAUUUCCUCUUCAGGAUACAGUUAAAUAUGAUGCAUGAAAAAUGCUACAUACAGUUAAAGGACAUACUUGUGUAUGUUAUUAAAAUGUGGUUUGAUAUUUUGUUUAUACUAUCCUCAGCUGAACCCCUAAAUUCCAUUUCCAUUGUCCAGAGUGUUACUGUAGUAUUCUCUAGAACUUCAAUGUCUUUGUGGACAUUGUUGUGAAAUUGGUGACUCUUUGUCUAGCUGUUAGUGUUUUGGGGAGACUGUUAGGAACAAUAUGUACAGUAUAUACUUGCUAAAUGAGUUAAUCAUGACAGUUGCAUUCGCUGAUGCUUACUGAAACACUGUCACCUGCUCUUUGCUCCUGUCACUUUGUAGCCUUCUUAAUCUUCCAGGUAUUACAGCAGUACAGUGUUCUACUUUAUACAUCAUUUCUAUGUUCAAUUGUUUUUAGGCGAAAACAGUGUGUAUUGCAAUGCAUUUUGGCAUUUGUGCCAUACUGAAAGAAUCAAAAAACAAAUCACUCCAAUUAAAUUUCAGAACUUAUUCCAGAAAGCACAGGGCAAGACACAUGCAAUGCCUUCAGACAAGAAGUAUUCUGUAACCUACUGCUUCUGUACCAUUGGUACAGUCGACGUGGAGUCCUAGAUUACUGUCAUUGUCUAAAAGUGACUUUUAAAAUGCAGAGAUAAUGAAAACUGCAAUGAUGGAAAAAAAGGAAAUAUGAAAAUAAAAUUAGUAAAACAGUUUACUUUAAGGAACUUUGUCCCCAUAUGUAUAAAAAGAAAAGCUUUGCCACCAACUGGAACACAUGAGGAUUUUGUGGUCUUUUAUGGUUUCUAUUAAAAACAAGUCCCACUCAGUAAGAAAGAUAACAACUUGGCAGAAAAUUGUUUUAAAAAGCAAGUUAUCCCAACACUAAAAGCAUACAAUAGCAUGCCAACAGGAAUAUAUUAUUCUCUAAGUCUUUACCUAUGUGGCAGCUUUUGAAACUCUGCAGCAUUAAACAAUCUGUAUGCAAAUUGCUAUGGACACAUUUCAGAAUCUAAGAAGUCUGAUAAGUGCUAACAAGGCUAAGAGUCAAAUGGAUUCCAUCUGCAGUUCCAAAAAAAAGUAUAUAUUCUACCAUAAUCAUAAACAAUAUCAGAUGGUUUACCUCCAAAUAUGAAAUUCUAUAACAACCUAUGGUUGAAGGAAUUCUCAGUUUCAUUUGCCAAUAAAUUGGUUUCUCAUAACUUGCAUCAAGUUUAAUUUUAAGUAAAGCUUUUUAUAUGUAGAUAUUUUGUUAAAUUUGUAAAUACACUUAAAGCGUAGAUGCUAUAUGCUUAUAGGUGUUCCAUAAUAAUAAACAUGCAAAAAACGUUUAUGUUAUGCUGUAUAAGAAGUUAGCUAAUUAAUACAGUGCAUGGGAUUGGAAAACAUUUACUUAAAUAACUUUGGGUUUUUAUUUUCCCUUUUUGCUGUGAAAUUGAAAUAGUGAACUAGUCUACAUAUUGACAGCAAGUUUCUAGAUGAACUCUUCAGAGCUUUGCCUGUGGGGCUUAGUAGGCCUAGUCACCUGACAUCUUUGAUACAUGUAGGUAAAGCAUAGUUUGAAGUUAUCCCAGAUAAAGAUGGCCUUAAAUACUUUCAUGUCUCCAUAUUUACUUUUCACAGAUCAGCCUUCCUAAUGGAAAUAUAAAAAGACAAAACAGGCCUUAACUUGGCAUCAGAGAGCACAAAGAUAAAAGUUACUUUAAAUUGCCAAUGUUUGGGGGAACAUUAAAAGUAGUUUUUACUGUUCCAUAAUAGUAGAUGCUAAAUUUAUCUGUGCAUGAAGGGAUCACAUCUGUAAUAGUGCAAUAGUUUUUGUAUUAAAAAUUAAAUGUGGUUUUAAAAGUCCCUCUCUCUUUUGUAAUAUAUCAUGUUCCUAACAGAGUGUGAAUGUCCAAGUAAUGGUAUUUGUAAUGGUACAGGUAGAUGUGACUGGAUUUCCAUCAAAGUAACUAUUAAACAGUCUUGAUCUCUUUGUGAUUUUUAA